AUGAAACCAUCUAAACUGCAAGAUCAUCUGAGAAGAUGCCACCCUGAUAAAACAGAGAAAGAUUUGAAAUACUUUCAAACACUUAAAGAUAAAUUUCAGAAGAGACCUACACUGGACAGAAUGUUCGCUUCGACGUCACAAAGAAAUGAUGAUGGUUUGCGGGCGUCUUACAAUAUCUCGUUAUUUAUAGCAAAAUCCGGAAAACCGCAUACUAUCGGAGAGAAGUUAAUUUUGCCAGCCGUUGAAGAGGUUUUAAAAACUGUUUUACACAAACCUGCAUCUGAUAUCAUUUAA